AUGGCUAUCAACAAUGAAGAGAAACAAGAAAUCAAACCCAUUGGACAUAAUGAACUUGCUCACAAGAGUCUCCUUCAAAGUGAUGCACUUUAUCAGUAUAUACUAGAGACGAGUGUGUUUCCAAGAGAGCACCCAUGUUUGAAGGAGCUUCGUGAAAUGACAGAAAAACAUCCUUGGAACCUUAUGGCUACACCUGCUGAUGAAGGACAACUUCUAAGCAUGGUGAUUAAGCUCAUCAAUGCAAAAAAUACAUUGGAAAUUGGUGUGUUCACCGGUUAUUCUUUGCUUUCCACUGCUCUUGCUCUUCCUUCUGAUGGAAAGGUAUUGGCUUUGGACGUGAGUCGUGAAUACUAUGAGUUGGGAUUGCCUAUAAUUGAAAAGUCCGGAGUUGUUGACAAGAUUGAUUUCAGAGAAGGACCUGCUCUACCUGUUCUAGACGAACUUAUUCAAGAUGAAAAUAAUAAGGGGACAUUUGAUUUUGUUUUUGUGGAUGCUGAUAAGGAUAAUUACUUAAACUAUCACAAGAGGGUAAUUGAGCUUGUGAAAGUUGGAGGAUUGAUCGGUUACGAUAACACCUUAUGGAGUGGAUCAGUCGCAGCUCCAUCCGAUGCACCUAUGCUGGAUUAUAUUAAGCGUUUACGUGAUUAUGUGAUUGAGCUUAACAAAUAUCUUGCUCAUGAUUCAAGGAUUGAGAUUUGUCAGCUUCCAGUGGGCGAUGGAAUUACCCUGUGUCGGCGCAUCAACUGA